AUGGAGUCGCCGCUGCUGGAACGGAGAUCCAGCGAACUUCAGCUGCUGGGAGAGGACGGAGACUACCUUCCGGCGAGAGGAUUGAGUGCGUGGUGGAGGAUUUUCUGCGUGGAAACGGUGAAACUAUGGAGGAUUGGAGGUCCAAUAGCGAUUCAGAUCAUUUGUCAGUACGCUACGAACUCUGUGGCUACGAUAUUUGUUGGACAUCUCGGUGAUGUCGAGCUUUCGGCGUUCUCAAUCGCUAUCUCCGUUGUUGGAACUUUUGCUUUCGGAUUCAUGCUUGGAAUGGGAAGCGCCCUCGAAACACUCUGCGGCCAAGCAUUUGGCGCCGGACAAGUUCACAUGUUAGGCGUUUACAUGCAGCGAUCGUUCAUUGUUCUGUUCUGCACUUGCGUUCUCCUUUUGCCGAUAUACAUAUUUGCUACCCCGCUACUUAAGCUGCUUGGACAACCCGAUGACAUUGCAAAUCUUUCUGGAUAUUUUACGCUUCUAACUAUUCCUCAGCUGUUCGCCCUUUCUGUCACUUUUCCGACACAAAAAUUCCUCCAAGCCCAGAGCAAAGUCACUGUUCUUGCUUGGAUAGCAAUCUUUAAUCUGCUUGCACAAGUUUUUUGGUGUUGGCUUUUCAUUGAUGUCUUUAAGUGGGGCGCGGUUGGCGCAUGUUUCGCCUAUGAUGUGACAAACUGGAUUAAUGCGCUCGCGCAAUUGAUUUAUGUGAUUUAUUGGUGUAAGGAUGGUUGGAAAGGGCUCUCUUGGUCGGCGUUUCACGAUAUAUGGGCCUUUGUGAGGCUGUCUCUUGAAUCUGCUGUUAUGUUGUGUCUGGAAAUUUGGUACUUGAUGAGUAUUAUUGUUCUCGCCGGCAAUCUUAAGGAUGCAGUGACUGCCGUUGGUGCCUUAGCCAUUUGUAUGAACAUCGACGGAAUCGAAACAAUGUUAUUCAUAGGAGUCAAUGCUGCUAUAAGUGUUCGGGUAUCGAAUGAACUAGGCCUGGGACGUCCGAGAGCUGCUAAAUACUCUGUUUACGUCACCAUUUUCCAAUCCUUAUUAAUCGGGAUCCUCUGCAUGAUCGUCAUCCUCGCCACUAGGAAUUACUUUGCCAUCAUAUUUACGGAUAGUGAAACCAUGCAACGCGCCGUAUAUAACCUUUCAGCACUUCUCGGAAUCACAAUGCUUCUCAACAGCAUCCAGCCAGUAAUAUCAGGUGUUGCCAUUGGAGGCGGUUGGCAAGGAAUUGUGGCGUACAUAAACUUGGGCAGCUAUUAUAUCUUCGGUCUGCCGUUAGGCUACAUUCUUGGCUAUGUCGCCAAUUUUGGAGUCAAGGGAAUAUGGAGCGGCAUGAUCGCCGGAGUUGCAUUGCAGACAUUGCUGCUAUUCAUUGUACUCUACCGAACCAACUGGAAUAAAGAGGUGGAGCAGACGACCGAGCGAAUGCGCAAAUGGGGAGGCCAAGACCCUAAUCAAAUUGUGAAGAAUGGAUUGCCUUAGAUCUGAUAUGAAACCUUUUGCAUAACAAGGUACUUACUACUAAUGUACUAAUUGCUCCCGUAUUUAUUUCGAAUCUUUUAAAUAUAUUUGUUGCCGUAUGCCCCUUUCGUUCUUAUAACGAUAGUUAUGACUAUUUAUUUAUUCGGAUAUGUGGCGAUAGAAUGUGUUCCUUAAUGUUGUUUAGGCCUUUUUCUAAGGAAUUUUACGUCGAAAGAGAUAGAUAUUGUUGUUAGGAAUAGUCCAAAAAUGGACGUUCGAUUUAAAUCGUUGCUUGUAAUUUCUAAAGCCAUUGUUUGUGCUAAAGAAGCUAACCUUUAAAUGUUUUGGUGUGUUGUUUUGCCGUUUAGUUUUGGUUUUUGGCUUGAUUAUUGAUUUCGAUAUGGUAAUUUGUGAAAAACAAAUAUAUUUUUAUAGAAAAUUAUCGCAAUGAUUUUUAUAGUAAAUAAAUAAAUUGUACUAAACUAAAAAAACACAUACCAUUUGCUUAUGAAGGCUCACAUGUGUCUCUAUUGACUAAGGAAAUGUAUUAACCAGUCUUGUUAUACAAGUCGAGCUAGUUUGAGUAUCAGUUGUUUGAACUCAACUCGAAUUUGUGAACGAUAUAUGUUCGAAUUUGUGAACGAUAUAUGUUCGGCUUGACUCGUUAAGAGUUUGAUUUAAAACAAUGGCUUGAGCUCGAUUGACUUGAAUUUUAUGUAUUAUAUACGUUUAUUACUAUAUAAAUUAAAUAUAUUUAAUUUUAUUUAUAAUUUAUUAUAGUAAAAUAUUUAUUUUUUAUUAAUAAAUAUAAAUUUUGAUAUAAAAAAAAUUAUAUACUCUAUUAUAUUAAUUUAUAAAUAUAUUAUCAUUA